CUAAUCUGAGAUGGCACCUGUACUCUGUACGCUGCCGACAACACAUUAAACAUUACAAUGAGCUAUUGUAUUGUUUGUUUCUCUGAGACUCAGUCAACACUAUAGGCUAGCCUUCGUUAGCUGACUAGCAGCUGCAUUGUUGUUGUUUUGGCUUCAUUCGGCAGCCAUAUAAACAAUAUUCUCCGAGGUUCCCCAGCGGAGGCAGGGGUCCGGACUGAGUGAUGUUUUUCUGUCCGUCCCGGGAAGAUGGAUGAGAAGUCCAACAGCAGCCACCACCGGCUCGUGAUCGUCCUGCUCAUGGUGGUACUCUUUGGCGUCAUUAUGAUCCAGUAUGUGUGCCCGAGCAGGUCUGAGUGCCAGAUGCUACACCAGCUGGGAUCCUGGUUUAAGGACGGCAGUGCAACUGGUCCCCGGAGCCGUGGGAACGAAAUCCAAGGCGGCCUCCAAAAAGAUCCGUACAUUGCAGAAGACGGCGCUCUGGUUCGCUUUGUCCCUCGCUUCAACUUCACCAAAGCCGAUUUAAAUCGUGUCGUGGACUUCAACAUCAAAGGGGAUGAUGUUAUAGUUUUUCUGCACAUUCAAAAAACGGGUGGCACGACGUUUGGUCGACACCUGGUGCGGAAUAUUCAGCUGGAGAGGCCCUGCGAGUGUCACGCAGGUCAAAAGAAAUGCACCUGUUUCCGACCAGGUAAAAAGGAAACCUGGCUCUUUUCCCGUUUCUCCACCGGCUGGAGCUGCGGGCUUCAUGCGGACUGGACCGAGCUGACCAGCUGCGUCCCGUCCCGCAUGGACUCACGCGAAGUUCCCGAUAACCUGCCCAGUAGGAACUAUUAUUAUAUAACCAUCUUGAGAGACCCAGUAUCACGCUACCUGAGCGAGUGGCGGCAUGUGCAACGUGGUGCUACAUGGAAGGCCUCCUUACACGUGUGUGAUGGACGUUCACCGACCCUGUCUGAGCUGCCGAGCUGCUACUCGGGAGACGACUGGUCAGGUUGCUCCCUGCAGGAGUUCAUGGACUGCCCCUUCAACCUGGCCAACAACCGACAGACCCGCAUGCUGGCUGAUCAGCUGGUGGGUUGCUACAAUGUCUCCGCCAUGAGUGAGGAAGAGCGCUGGGCAGUACUCCUUGAGAGCGCCAAACGUAACCUACUCGGCAUGGCCUUCUUUGGGCUGACCGAGUACCAGCGUAAAACCCAGUAUCUGUUUGAGCGUAGCUUCAAUUUGGAGUUCAUCGCACCUUUCACACAGCUCAAUGGCACACGCGCCUCCACUGUUGAAGUACCCUCUGAGACACAACACAGAAUCCUUGAGUUGAACCGAUGGGACGUGGAGCUGUAUGAGUACGCCCGUGACCUUUUCUUGCAGCGUUUCCAGGUGGCGAGGCAGCAGGAGCGCAGGCAGGCCAGGGAGAGGCGGCAGCAGGAGAGGAGGCGACUCCGUGGAAGGCUCAUAACAAAGCAAGGGAGGCAGCUGAAGCCCACAGAAACACCCCGUCAGCCUGACAGACACUCUGUGGUAACUGAGGAGCAGCAGAGGGGGAAGGCUGACGGAGACAGUAUGGAGUCACAAGUGCUACUCCCAGAAUGGUGGGAUCUGGAUGAGAACGGCACCAUGGAGGAUUACAUGGACAAUGUUGAACAGUGGUAGUGAUGGGAACAAGCAGUAGGGCGUCUUAAUAUAAGUGUUCCAUGUUCUGC